GUGAUCAGCCAGAACAUCAAGGAGGUCAACCAGUUGCAGAGCAAGCUCAGCAUCCAACCAGUGAUCUUCAACGAGGUGAUCAGCCAGAACAUCAAGGAGGUCAACCAGUUGCAGAGCAAGCUCAGCAUCCAACCGGUGAUCUUCAACAAGGUGAUCAACCAGCACAUCAAGGAGGUCAAACAGUUGCAGAGCAAGCUCAGCAUCCAACCGGUGAUCUUCAACAAGGUGAUCAACCAGCACAUCAAGGAGGUCAAACAGUUGCAGAGCAAGCUCAGCAUCCAACCGGUGAUCUUCAACAAGGUGAUCAACCAGCACAUCAAGGAGGUCAAACAGUUGCAGAGCAAGCUCAGCAUCCAACCGGUGAUCUUCAACAAAGUGAUCAACCAGCACAUCAAGGAGGUCAAACAGUUGCAGAGCAAGCUCAGCAGCCUCCAGCCGGUGAUCUUCAACGAGGUGAUCAACCAGCACAUCAAGGAGGUCAGCCAGUUGCAGAAGCAGUUGAGCAACAUCCAGGGGGUGAUCUUCAACGAGGUGAUCAACCAGAACAUCAAGGAGUUCAAACAGUUGCAGAGAAAGCUCAGCAGCAUCCAACCGGUGAUCUUCAACGAGGUGAUCAACCAGCACAUCAAGGAGGUCAGCCAGCUGCAGAAGCAGUUGAGCAGCAUCACACCGGUGAUCUUCAACGAGGAGAUCAACCAGAACAUCAAGGAGGUCAAACAGUUGCAGAAGCAGUUGAGCAACAUCCAGGGGGUGAUCUUCAACAAGGUGCUCAACCAGCACAUCAAGGAGGUCAAACAGUUGCAGAGAAAGCUCAGCAGCCACCAGCCGGUGAUCUUCAACGAGGUGAUCAACCAGAACUUCAAGGAGGUCAAACAGUUGCAGAGCAAGCUCAGCAGCAUCCAGCCGGUGAUCUUCAACGAGGUGAUCAACCAGAACAUCAAGGAGGUCAAACAGUUGCAGAGCAAGCUCAGCAUCCAACCGGUGAUCUUCAACAAGGUGAUCAACCAGCACAUCAAGGAGGUCAAACAGUUGCAGAGCAAGCUCAGCAGCAUCCAGCCGGUGAUCUUCAACGAGGUGAUCAACCAGCACAUCAAGGAGGUCAGCCAGUUGCAGAAGCAGUUGAGCAACAUCCAGGGGGUGAUCUUCAACGAGGUGAUCAACCAGAACAUCAAGGAGGUCAAACAGUUGCAGAGAAAGCUCAGCAGCCACCAGCCGGUGAUCUUCAGAGAUCAAAGAACAUCAGCAGCAGCAUCCAGCCGGUGA